GGGAGGGUGAAGGGAGGCGGAUUAAUCCCUUAAUUACGCCUUGAUCGGCGUGGCACCUGCUUUCCGGCCGCCGGCUCCCGGGGGACCCCGGCACUGGGGCGUGGAGAGAAGGACGAGGGAAGGAGGAGGGCACGCGGAGGCACGCACCGUACCCUGGCGCGCCGGCGAGAGAGCGGCACGGUGGCUGGGGCAGCGCGCACAGGCUGUGGAGGGGCUUACGGCUCCCGGCCCGCGGGUCUCAGACCCAGGGGCUGGGCCCCGAGCCCCUCGCCCCGGUUCCAGUCGGGUCGCGCCAUGCUGCGCUACCUGCUCAAAACGCUGCUGCAGAUGAACUUGUUCGCGGACUCCCUGGCCGGGGACAUCUCCAACUCCAGCGAUCUACUCUUCGGCUUCAACUCCUCCAUGGCGGCGCUCAACCACAGCCUGCUGCCCCCCAGCGAUCCUUCUCUCAACGGGUCAAGAGUCGAGCCAGAGGACGCAAUGCCGCGCAUCGUGGAGCAGCCUCCAGAUCUGCUGGUCUCCCGAGGCGAGCCGGCCACGCUGCCCUGUCGCGCUGAGGGCAGGCCCCGGCCCGACAUCGAGUGGUACAAGAAUGGGGCGCGCGUGGCCACUGCUCGCGAAGACCCGCGCGCACACCGCCUGCUCCUGCCCAGCGGCGCCCUCUUCUUCCCGCGCAUCGUGCACGGGCGCCGGGCGCGGCCCGACGAGGGUGUCUACACUUGCGUGGCGCGCAACUACCUGGGGGCAGCGGCUAGCAGAAACGCCUCGCUAGAAGUGGCAGUCCUUCGCGAUGAUUUCCGGCAGUCUCCCGGGAACGUGGUGGUGGCAGUGGGGGAGCCAGCAGUAAUGGAAUGCGUGCCCCCGCGCGGCCACCCAGAGCCUUCCCUGUCCUGGAAGAAAGACAGUGCAAGAAUCAAAGAGGAGGAGGGAAGGAUCACGAUCCGUGGAGGGAAGCUGAUGAUGUCACAUACACUCAAGAGUGACGCAGGGAUGUAUGUAUGUGUGGCCUCCAACAUGGCAGGAGAACGGGAGAGUGGGGCAGCUGAACUUGUGGUACUGGAGCGUCCCUCAUUCCUGCGUAGACCAGUGAAUCAGGUGGUCCUGGCUGAUGCCCCUGUGGAUUUCCCAUGUGAGGUGCAAGGGGAUCCCCCGCCUCAUCUACGCUGGCACAAGGAGGAUGGAGAACUGCCCACAGGCAGGUAUGAGAUCCGGAGUGACCACAGCCUUUGGAUUGGGCGUGUGAGUGCUGAAGAUGAAGGGACUUACACCUGCGUGGCAGAGAACAGCGUGGGCCGUGCUGAAGCGUCUGGCUCCCUCAUUGUUCACGUCCCACCUCAGCUGGUAACCCAGCCUCAGGACCAGAUGGCAGCUCCUGGAGAGAGCGUGACUUUCCAAUGCGAGACCAAAGGAAACCCCCCACCUGCCAUCUUCUGGCAGAAGGAGGGAAGUCAGGUCCUGCUUUUCCCCAGUCAGUCGCUUCAGCCCACAGGGCGCUUCUCAGUCUCUCCCAGAGGCCAGCUCAACAUCACUGAAGUGCAGAGUGGGGAUGCUGGCUACUAUGUGUGCCAGGCUGUCAGUGUGGCUGGCAGCAUCCUGGCCAAGGCCUUGUUGGAGGUAAAAGGAGCCUCCUUGGAUGGCCUGCCUCCCAUCAUCCUUCAGGGACCAGCCAAUCAGACACUGGCACUUGGCUCCUCUGUGUGGCUGCCAUGCAGAGUGGCCGGGAACCCUCAACCUAGUGUCCAGUGGAAGAAGGAUGGGAAGUGGCUGCAGGGGGAUGACCUCCAGCUCAACCUAAUGGCCAAUGGUACCCUGUACAUCGCCAACGUGCAGGAGAUGGACACAGGGUUCUACAGCUGUGUGGCCAAGAGCUCCACAGGAGAGGCCACAUGGAGUGGCUGGCUGAGGAGGCGAGAAGAUUGGGGAGUAUCACCAGACCCCCCUACAGAACCCAGUACCCCUCCAAGGCCUCCCUCUCAGCCAGUGGUCACUGAGAUCACCAAGAACAGCGUUACCCUAACCUGGAAGCACAACCCGCAGGCUGGGGCCACAGUCAUCUCUUACGUGAUAGAGGCCUUCAGCCAAGCAGCUGGCAACACAUGGCAGACAGUGGCAGAUGGCGUGCAGCUGGAGACACACACCGUCAGUGGUCUGCAGCCCAAUACCAUCUACCUGUUCCUGGUGCGAGCUGUGGGAGCCUGGGGCCUCAGUGAGCCCAGCCCCGUCUCUGAGCCUGUCCGCACCCAGGAUAGCAACCCAUCCAGACCAGUGGAGGACCCAUGGAGAGGCCAGAGGGGACUGGCUGAAGUGGCUGUGCGCAUGCAGGAGCCCAUAGUCCUUGGGCCCCGGACCCUGCAGGUGUCCUGGACUGUAGAUGGCCCAGCCCAGCUGGUGCAAGGUUUCCAGGUGUCUUGGAGGGUAGCAGGUCCUAAUGGGGGAAGCUGGACAGUGCUGGACCUACAGUCCCCAAGCCAGCAAAGUGCUGUGCUAAGAGGACUCCCCCCAGGGACCCAGAUUCAGAUCAAGGUGCAAGCCCAAGGCCAGGAGGGGCUGGGGACUGAGAGCCCCUUCGUGACCAGGAGCAUUCCUGAGGAGGCCCCCAGUGGUCCCCCGCAGGCAGUGACAGUGGCCUUGGGGGGUGAAGGCAACAGCAGUAUCACUGUUUCCUGGGAACCUCCGCUCCCCUCCCAGCAAAAUGGGGUCAUCAAGGAAUACCAGAUCUGGUGCCUGGGAAAUGAGAGCCGCUUCCACCUCAAUCGGUCUGCGGAAGGCUGGGCACGCUCCGCGGUGCUCCGGGGACUGCUGCCGGGUCUUCUCUACCGGACUCAGGUCGCGGCGGCCACCAGCGCUGGCGUGGGUGUGGCCAGUGACCCAGUGUUGAUGCAGCUGCCGUCCCCGCCGGAAUUGGAGCCUGGGCUCGAGGCGGGCCCGGGGCUGGCGGAGCGGCUGGUGAGGCUGCUGCGGGAGCCCGCCUUCCUCGCGGGCAGCGGCGCCGCCUGCGGGGCGCUGCUCCUCGGGCUCUGCGCCGCCCUCUACCGGCGCCGGAGGCAGCGCAAAGAGCUCAGUCACUACACGGCCUCCUUUGCCUAUACACCUGCAGGUAAGCCGUCUCUGCCCCAGUGGGGUUCAGACCCCAAGUACGGGCUCUUCUCUCAUUCAGUCUCCCCCUCAUCUUCCCCAGUGUCCUUUCCACACUCAGAGGGCCUCUCGGGAGCCAGUUCGAGGCCACCCAUGGGCCUUGGCCCUGCUCCCUACCCAUGGCUAGCAGACUCGUGGCCCCACCCAUCUCGAAGCCCCUCAGCCCAGGAACCCAGGGGAAGCUGUUGCCCCAGCAAUUCUGACCCAGAUGACAGAUAUUACAAUGAAGCAGGAAUCUCCCUUUACCUGGCUCAGACAGCCCGGGGCACUGCCGCCUCUGCUGAGGGUCCUGUCUACAGCACCAUUGACCCAGCCGGAGAGGAGCUGCAGACCUUCCAUGGGGGGUUCCCCCCACAUCCCUCAGGGGAUCCAGGCACCUGGAGCCAGUAUGCCCUUCCAGAAUGGAGCCAAGGGGACAGUGGAGCCAGGGGAGGCAGAGUAAAGAUUCUGGGAAAACCUGUGCAGAUGCCCUCCCUCAACUGGCCAGAAGCCCUGCCGCCACCUCCCUCUUCCUGUGAACUGAGCUGUCUAGAGGGGCCUGAGGAGGAGCUGGAGGGCAGCUCAGAGCCAGAAGAGUGGUGUCCACCAAUGCCUGAGAGGAGCCACCUGGCAGAGCCCAGCUCCAGCGGAGGGUGCUUGGUCCCUUCGUCCCGAGGGGAAACCCCCUCUCCCACACCUUCCUAUGGACGGCAGUCCACAGCCACUCUUACCCCCUCACCUCCUGACCCUCCUCAGCCCCCCACUGACAUUCCCCAUCUCCACCAGAUGCCCAGGAGGGUACCCCUUGGGCCCAGUUCCCCUCUCAGUGUAUCCCAGCCCACUCUGAGUAGCCAAGAAGGGAGGCCUGCUGGCCUGGGUGCUGGUCCCACAGCGUCCCAUCACCUCAGCCCCAGCCUUGUCCCUAGUGCAGCCAGCAGUGCCCCAGGGAGAACCUGGCAGAUGCCUGGGGAGAUGACUCCUCCACUUCAAGGGCCCCGGGCCCGAAUCCGGAAGAAACCCAAGGCUCUUCUCUACAGGCGGGAGCACAGUCCUGGGGGUCUCUCCCCAGACUUGCCCCCACCGCCCUUGCCACCACCAGAGGAGGAGGCAAGCUGGGCCCUAGGGCUGAGAGCAGCAGGCAGCACAGCCUCCUUGGAACGGGAGCGGGAGCGCAGCGGGGAGAGAAGAAUGCUGCAGGCGGGGCCUCUGGGGGCCCAAUGGGGCCCCCACCUGGAUGAAGAGGCCUGGCUCCCCUACAGCAGACCAAGCUUCCUGUCACGGGGUCCGGGCACCAGCACCUGUUCCACAGCUGGCAGCAACUCUUCAAGAGGCUCCAGCAGCUCUCGGGGCUCCCGGGGCCCUGGACGGAGUCAGAGCCGGAGCCGGAGCCAGAGCCAAAGGCCAGGGCAGAAACGUCGAGAGGAACCACGAUGACCCUUGAUGAGAAUAUCAGGAGUGCCAGGAGGAAGGGCUUGUCCCUGGGCCAGGAGCACCUCCUCCUGGUAAA